GCCGGCGGCCGGGGGUUACCUGCGCGGCGCGGCCGCGGAGCAGAGCAGGGUGGUAGGGGUGCAGCGCCCUGUUUGUCUUCUUUCUGCUUCUGUUCUCUCUGGUCGCCGCGGCCCGCGUGGCGGCGGCGGCGGCUGGGCCAUGGUGCGGCGCGCCCGGCUGGCGCUGGUGGCGGCGGCGCUGGUGGCGCUGGGGGCGCCUGUGGGUCAGGGCGCCCGGGCCCUGGAGUGGUACACGGCGUGGGUGAGCACGGCCUACGUGGAGCCGCUCAGCAACCGCACGGUGCGGGGCAACACGGAGAGUGGCCGUUACGGGGACAGCUCGCCCAAGGAGAGCGCUCAGGGCCUAGUGGGCAUCCCUCGGGGCGCCUCACCGCGGCACAUGGAGGGUUGCGCCACCGACACCGAUUAUGAUGUGCCGCUGCCGCCCGGCGGCCGCGGACCCCCUGAGGGCGAUCCCCCGCCCUGGAUCGCCCUGGUAGCCCGUGGCGGCUGCACCUUCAAGGACAAGGUCACCAACGCGGCGCGGAAGCGGGCGGCAGCUGUGGUUAUCUACAAUGAGGCUCGCUUCGGUAACAGCACCGUGUCCAUGUCCCAUCUAGGAACAGGAAAUACAGUGGUGAUAAUGGUUGGCUAUCCAAAAGGAAUAGAGAUACUAGAGCCAGUACGAAGAGGGAUUCCAGUGAAAAUGACCAUUAUUGUUGGCACACGACAUGUGCAGGAAUACAUUAGUGGCCAGUCAGUUGUGUUUGUAGCCAUUGCCUUCAUCACUAUGAUGAUUAUAUCACUUGCUUGGCUCAUAUUUUACUAUAUACAGCGUUUCCUCUAUACAGGAUCACAGUUUGGAAGCCAGGGCCAUAGGAAAGAGACCAAGAAAGCAAUCAGCCAGCUUCAGCUGCAUACUGUGAAACGUGGAGAAAAGGGAUUAGAUGUUGAUGUGGAAAACUGUGCUGUGUGCAUUGAGAACUAUAAACUGAAAGACACUGUCCGAAUUCUGCCGUGCAAGCAUAUCUUCCACAGAACAUGCAUUGACCCUUGGCUUUUGGACCACCGAACUUGUCCAAUGUGCAAACUAGAUGUUAUCAAAGCUUUGGGAUACUGGGGGGACCCUGAGGAUGUGCUUGAAGUUCCAAUGCCGGAGUCAAUAAGUGGCAGCGUUUCAGUCGGAAGUCUGAGUAUUGCUUUACAAGAUGAUGACAGAAAUGAAGUUAGUGAGUUGUCAGCUUCCUCCACUAAUGAAUCUGUGUUGCAGUGCACCAGUUUGAAAGAGGAUGCAGGUGAAACCACAGCGUUGCUUGAUGUGGAUGUCAGUAAUAACCGGCAUGGAGAACAUCUAUCUAAUGGAAGUUCCCACUGAAAUGCUUCAUGGAAGAUCCCUUGAAUAGACUGUUGAAGAACUAUUAUUUUUUAUUUAACUAGUAUGGACUUUUGUCUAGUUAAUGGAAGAAAUAACAAUGUAAAUUAUUUUACCUUUCAAACUUUUCUAGCUGGUGUUCCAAAAGGGCUAAUAACUAAGAAUUUUGUACACAAGAGGAUUUUAUAAAAUCUCCUCUGCCUGUCUCAUCCUAAAAAAAAAAAGAGAUGCAAUAACCCUUUUUCUGUAAGCAUUGUUACAAUGUCAUUGUGUUCCAGAGGGCUGCAACGAAGAUGAAGAGUAGGCAGUGAAAACAACGUAGAAUGUCUAACAGAUAAAUACUUUGGAUGCACUAUUUACAUUCACUAUGUACACAUGGAGAACACUUACAAGACUACAGCUAUUAAAAUGUUCUGAAAGUUUUGAUCUCUUGGAA